AUGAAGUUUCUUGAGUUAUUGAAAGAUGUUCAUCUUAAAAUCCCGUUCCUUGAGGCCAUUUGGGAAAUCCCUACCUACGCUAAGUCCUUGAAGCAACUUUUGGCUAAGAAGAAGAAGAUUUGUGAAGCUACUACAGUGGAGCUCUCCGAGUGUAGUGCCAUCCUUCUUAAUACACUCCCUCAAAAGCUUAAUGAUCCUGGAAGCUUCACCAUUCCAUGUUGCAUUGAAGAUGUAACUAUUCAAAGGGCACUUUGUGAUCUUGGAGCCAGCGUAAGUCUCAUGCCUAAUGCUAUCUUCAAAAAGCUUAAUUUUGGUGAUCUUCGCCUUACUCGUGUCUCCCUGCAACUAGCAGACCGAUCUAUACGAUAUCCUUUGGGUGUUUUAGAGGAUGUACCCCUCCAAGUUGGCAAGUUAACUAUUCCAUGCGAUUUCUUUGUUAUGGAGAUGCCAGAAGACGUGCACACCCCAAUUAUACUAGGUAGACCAUGUCUUUCUACUGAUGGAGCUUUGAUUGAUGUGAAGCAUGGUAAGUUAUCUCUCGGCGUGGGUAAAAACAAGGCGGAAUUUGAACUCCAUAAAGCUAUGCAUGUUCAUUCUUUGGGAGAUACUUGUUCGCCGCAUCCAUGUUGUUGA